ACCUUUUGACAAACAGUUACACCUGACAGUGCAACUGUAGAAACAACUUGAUGGGCAGUACUGGACUUGUUGCCCAAUCCCAUUUGCAUAAAUGGGUCACGAGACUGAAAAACUUUACAUAAACCAGGAAGAAGGAAUGUUUCCUGUUUGCUUCAGAACAGGUCUGCUCAGUAGUUGAGGAAUCGGAAGACUGGAGUUAAGUAGCUUCCUGUGAAGAAAAUGGACAGUCACAAAGGUCCUUGCUCUCAUCGGAGCAUUCCUGUUGAGACGGAUGAGCGGAUGACAGUCCCCGAUAAUGACUUGGCCUCUUUCCCUUCUUGUGACCAGUGUGGCGGACAUGAAGAGAGGAUCAGGAAAGUUGAGAAGCAUGGCUGUGAUAGGGAAGUGAGUGGGGUGGGCCCCACUAGGCUCCCUGAGGGACUGUGCCAGUAUGAAGGCAGGGCAGCUUCUCAGGCUCGUGCUGACCCUCGCUUCACGCCCCAACAUGCGGCUCACCCAGGUCCUCCUGUCAGAGAUCACCAGCCGUUUUACGAAUGGGACCCCAUGAAUGGUCAGAGGAAGGGCCUCACAGGCCCUUCAGACUGGGAUUUGGGCUGUUCUUUUGAAGAAGCAGAAUCCUUAGAGCCUCCGUUACCACUCAUGUCAAACAUUAACUGGGUUCACCACAAUGUGCUACAACACCAAGCACGUAUGCCAGUCCCUGCUCCAGUACGCAGACAGUAUCACCAUCCUGCACCUCAUCACCAGAAGAAUUACUGUCGUUACGAUCAGGACCUUCCACUCCACCAACAACAGAAUGCCCCACAGAGCACUCCUCAGCUUAAAGAGGCUCCAUAUGUUCCUCGAGGUUUAAUGCCUCAGUGCGCGCCACCUCCUGUUGAUGUGAUGCGUGAAGUCAGCGUGGGUUGUUCUGCUGCUGCAGGUGCAGGAGCGGUCACUGGGGAGAUCAAGAAGACCAUCAGCUUGCCUGAGGAGAGCAGGAAUGUUUUUAUCACAUAUUCUGUGGACACCGCUAGUGAAAUCAUUAAUUUUGUCGGAUUUUUGACCAGCCAGGGUUUCAAACCAGCUAUUGACAUCUUUGACAAUCCGAUCCGAAGAAUGGGCAUUAAUAAAUGGAUGGAUCGCUACCUGAAUGAUAAAUCAGUGCUCAUCAUUGUGGUCAUCAGCCCCAAGUAUAAGGAGGAUGUGGAGGGAGGCGGAGACGACGACCACGGCCUCCACACCAAGUACAUUCACAACCAGAUUCAAAAUGAGUACAUCCAACAAGGCUGUCUAAACUUCAGACUGGUUCCUGUCCUGUUUCCCAAUGCAACUAAGGGACACGUGCCCAGCUGGCUCCAGAACACCAGGAUCUACCGCUGGCCCAGCGAAACCCAGGACCUGCUGCUGCGUCUGCUCAGGGAGGAGCGCUACAUCAUCCCGCAGCGGGGCCCUGACAUCACCCUCACUGUUCGUCGUUUGUGAUGAUGAAAAAAAUGAACUCGUAGAAAACAAGUUUCCUUCCCAAAAGCCAGACAUAGAGAAUCAAACAAUUCAGAUUGAAUCUUUGUCGUUUGUUCUUCUGUUUUCAUAUUUUUGUUGAUUUGAGGUGGCUUCACCUCCAGUAUUUAUUACUCAAGCCAUACUCUUAGAACAGAUGAAAGCAGGCACAGGAAAAUCCAAGAACCUCAGCAUUUAAAGUUAUUAUCAUUGAUUAUUGAUAUGCUUGGAAAUAAUUAUUUUUUUACCACCAGGGGGCAGCAGACGAACCUAAACGCUCAAAUCUGAUUAGUUUACAACAAUUCUUUGGUAAAACAAUUUUUCAGUUAAGAAUACAUUCAAAGGUAUCAGCAUUUACAAACAGGUAUAUUUCUGUGUAAUAAUUUUUAUUUCUUUUGUUUAUGAAACAUUUGACCGUUCAGGUACAAGGAAGCUCUCUGAGUAUAAAGACACCUUUACUGACACUGUAGCAGCGUCGUUAAUUUUCAGCUGUUAAAUUUCUGAGACUUCUCAGAUUAUAUAUGCAUGUUUAUUAUGUCAUUAUAGACAACAUCAUUAAUAGAUUUAUCAACUUCAUUUUGCACUCUGUCAAUGUUUGGGAUGAUUGACCAGCAGGUGGCAGUAUGCAUCAAUGAUAACACUACAACAUCUAAGAACCACUUAACUGUUGCGCUGUUUCGCUUUGCCGUUGUGGUAAAAUCAUGAAUGGAAGCUAAAUGGUUGGAUUUUAUUUUGCGGGAGAAGAAAAAAUAAACAUAAGUGGAUUAGUAAAGCAUCAGCGUGUUAACGUGUUCUGUAGGCGAGCCACAGCUCACACAUCCGGUCCAGAUGUUCCACACCAGCGCCCUGAUAAGGCUGCAUUGUGUGGGGAGCCUGCAACGACCUGGACUUCAUCCUCCUGCCCUGCCACUGUGCCCCCACUCACUCAGAAGGCUGUUAAAGCUGCCAGCAAUGGAUGAUUUGCUUACAUCUGCUAUUGUUCGGUGUGUGUUUGAGAGAGAGAGAAAGAGAGAGGUUUAGGCAUAAAUGCAGUUACUAAAAUGAAUGGAAGUCAAUACAAAGUCCUCACUUUGUAUUGAAGUUUAAGGAUGUGUGAACCAGGUUUUUUACAUCUUUGUGGGGAUCUAUUUCUUUGUACAUUGUGUGUGUGGAUGUAUAUCCGUGUUUCUGUGUGUGUUAUCAGCACCAGGUGUUUUUUAUUGUAAGCACAAAUGCAGCCAGAACCAAUAAAUCCAGCCUUUGUUAUUGUGUUGCUGGACACCCCA